AUGGGGGAUUUUAAUAAGGUUAUACAGGUUGAUGAGAGAAAAAAUCAGGAGAGGUUAACAGCGUCUGCAGAAGAAUUUAAGAGCUGGAUUCAAGAUAUGCAGUUAGUGGACAUACCGUUGAAUGAUCGUAAAUUUACAUGGUAUAAAGGCGGCUCUUGUAGUUGGAUUGACAGAGCCCUAGUGAGUGUAGAAUGGACUGAGGAGUUCCCGGAGAUUCGUUUAAAAGGUGGACCGAGAGGUCUGUCAGAUCACUGCCCAAUAAUAGUUGAAGAUACCAUAUACAGAGGUGGCCCAUGUCCGUUCUGGAGUUUAGAUUCCCGGUUUACACAUGAAGGGUUCCUAAGAAUGGUCAAAGAGGAAUGGAGGAAUAUUGGAGAGGGGCAGUUCACAGAUAAGUUGAAGGUGCUAACGGUGCCUGUGGGAAAAUGGAAUAAAAACAAAUUUAGUGACAUGGAUAAGAAAAUUCAGCGUUUUAAGGAGGAGAUCAGGCAUGCAAAUGAUAUGGAUAAAAAAAUGAGGUACUUUCAUAACUUGGCAUCGGCAAGAUGGAGGAUUAAUAGAAUUGAUGCUUUGGAGAGAUCACCGGUUGUGGGUUUUAGGGACGGACUGGUAAAUCGGAUUGAUGAAGAAGAGUCGACUGCUUUGGAGAGAAUAUCGACAAUGGAGGAGAUUAGAGAGGUUGUUUGGGAUUUUGAAUCAUCUAAGGCUCCAGGUAGCGACUGGUAUAAUAUGAACUUCAUUAAAAAAAAGUGCUGGGAUGAGAUUGGUACAGAGUUCACGAUAGCUGUUCUGAAUUUCUUUCAGUCAUCAAGGUUGCCUUCUGGCUCCAAUAUUACUUGGGUGGCCCUUGCACCAAAGUACUAA